AAAGCGGUGGCAAAACUAUGGAAAGCAUGGAUCUCAUUCAGUCUCAUUAGGAAUACAAAGACUUUGGGUUAUCUUUUCAAGAUAGCGAGUUGUCUUUCUCUUUGGGGAUUUGAUAUGGCUCCAGCAAAAAGAGAAGACCCGAAUGUAAAGAAACUGUGCUCAUUUAUGGAGUAAAGGGAGUCGUUUGGUGAUCAUGAGUGCAGGAAUGAAGAAACCGCCGGUGGCUCCCAAACCCAAGCUGGUUCAUCAGCAGAAACCAUCCCCUCCCCCUAUUGCCCCAAAACCAGAGAUUUUGCUGCCUUCACCCUCACCUUCUGCAAUCAAGAGAGGAAAACCUGCUGUUGCCCCAAAGCCAUGCCUCCCCAAAGUAAACCCUCUGGUUUCUCAGAAGCCUCUCCAGAUGAGGCAAGAUCCCUGCAAGAACCAGCAUCCCCCUGUCUCCAGAAAUGGGUGUCCCAUUUUACUCCCCUUACCCCUAUCAAAUUACAUUAUACCUCCUUGCCCUCAAGGUCGUCACCUUGGCAACAGCAAAUCAGAGGGUUCUGAGGAUAUAAGUGAAACAGCAGAGGUAGGUGUUUUCAAAGAAGGUGACAGCCCUAAAGAACAUCUAUGUUACAAUGACACACAAGAACAGGCUGCCUUACCCAGAUGGGAACAAAUGCAUGCUCCCACAGGCUCGUUUUACACUGCCACAGAGGCACCAGAGAAGGACCAAGCAGGUAUACAAAUACAAACUUUUGAAGGCCUAAGACACAGCCUUGUUGAACCUGUACACAAACAAGACCAGUUGGCAGAGCAGAAGAGAGCAGUGAAUUCCAUUGCUAGCUCUUGCUUCAGUGAUAAUGUUGGCAAUUGUGUCCCUGCACCACCCAGCAAGCCACUCCCCAUACCCCAUCCGCGACGCCCAUGGAGGGCACUUCUUAGGCAGAACAAUGUGGAUAAAGCACCCUCUGAGGUUACUCAAGCAGAUAUACCUGCAGAAACUUCUAAACGACUUCAAACAGACAUGUCACUGGAAAAUUCUGCAAACAUUUCAACAACAUGUUAUGGCCACACAAACACACCCCUAAAUACAUGUUUCCCUAUAGAGGACACGAAAAACACGGACACUGACUCCUCACGCAACACAGAUCCUUUGGACACAAUAGACUCUUCUCUCAGUGCACGUACUGAAAACACGGAUUCUCACCAAGACUCCAACCAUUAUUCCACUCCGACAAAUGGUGCAACUCUAGCUUACAUGGACACAGCUGAGGAGUCACAACCUCCAGCUCCGCCUCCACGACACAUGUCACUUCCACAAAUGGCCUCAUCUUCUGUAGAUAAUCUACCUUUGCAUUGUCACUUGGACCCUCACAGUUCUGAGAUUAAGACUUGUGAGGAUGACGAUGAUGGAGCAUAUGGAGAUUUUGCUCGAUACCCAAUUACCCGGAGCGUUCUGAAACAGAUUAAGCUCAGCUGUGAAACACAAGUCGUUGCAAUAUGUAAGACAUCUUCUGACGGGGAGGAGAGGUCUCCGAAGGUCAUGCCAAAGAAGCCACAACGGAAUAGCCUUCCCGCAUCUGCUGUGUUGCGGAAGCAAAACACGCCUCCGCAAAUGCAGAUGCCUCCUUUGCUCCCCAUAUCCAGCCCUCCCAUAUUUGGAGAACUCCCCGCACCACCUCAGGAGAAGCCAUCGUGGCGAGUUGCCCUGCCUAACAUUCCUAUCUUUAGCAGGAACCAACCGACUCGCAGUAACAGCCAACCACAAGCUGGAGGCGUGGGACCUGCAUUCGUCAAACAGAGGGCAAAGUCGUUUUCCUCUGCAGAUCUUCAUCGGGUUGACAAUGGAUCCGGAACUACCGAGCCGUUGGUACGAUCCGAUCAAGGACGUCGUAGUUUGCGAAAACUUUUAGAAUUGCGUGUGUGUGUGCGCUUGCUUCCGAAGUUUCUUCGCAGUGGACAGUCCCUGGAUUGCACUCGGUCUGAUGCAGAGUAUGAGGACCAUAAAAACACGCUCAUUAACCAGGUCACCCCCGGUGAUGAGGAUGUAGCUCAGGGUGAUAGAGAGGCAGACUGUGGGGUGGAAUACGAGAACGUAUAUGAGAAGAUCCCAGAAUACAUGAACUUGCCAUGGGUUUACUCCAACCAGGACUCCGAUACAGGAGUGUAUGAGGAGCAGGAACCAUGGGAGGUGAACAGAUGUUCGGGAAGUGGUGAUGUGUCAGAAGAUGGUUUAAGCUCUAAUGAGGAAGAUGAUAACAGCUGCAACUCCAGCAAGGAAGAUAUGAGCCAAUCAAAAAACAAAGAGGAGGUAGAGAAGGCGAAGAGAAACAAGGUGGUCCACAUCGCCAUGGAGAUCAUGAGCUCAGAGAAAGUAUUUGUGGAUGUUCUGAAGUUGCUUCACAUUGAUUUCCGGGAUGCGGUUGCCAAAGCAUCUCGUGCGAGCGGGAAGACAUUAGUGGAGGACAAAGUAUUGAAUCAGAUCUUGUACUACCUGCCUCAACUUUACGAACUGAAUAAAGAUCUGCUGAAAGAACUUGAGGAGAGAGUUGCCCACUGGUCUGAUCACCAGAGGUUGGCUGAUAUCUUUGUUCAGAAGGGUCCAUACUUGAAGAUGUACUCAACCUAUAUACGAGAGUUUGACCAUAAUAUAGCCCUGCUGGAUGAACAGUGCCGCAAAAAUCCUCCGUUUGCCAACGUUGUACGUCAGUUUGAGACGAGUCCUCGCUGUGCUAGUCUGGCAUUAAAGCAUUAUCUUUUGAAACCAGUACAGAGGAUCCCUCAAUACCAACUCCUGCUUACAGAUUAUUUGAAGAACCUUCCUGAGGAUUCAUCUGACUACAAAGACACACAAACUGCUCUUGGUGUGGUGAAGGAAGUUGCAAACCAUGCAAAUGACAUCAUGAAACAAGGGGAUAACUUUCAGAAACUGAUGCAGGUUCAGUACAGUCUCAACGGUCAUCAUGAAAUCGUGCAGCCUGGCAGGGUUUUCCUAAAAGAGGGCACUCUGAUGAAACUCUCCAGGAAAGUUAUGCAGCCCAGAAUGUUCUUCCUGUUUAAUGAUAUUCUGCUGUAUACAACACCAGUGCAGUCCGGCCAGUAUAAAGUCAACAGCAUGCUCUCUUUGGCUGGCAUGAAGGUGAGCAAGCCCAGUCAAGAGGCCUAUCAGAAUGAGUUAAACAUUGAGAGUGUGGAACGCUCCUUCAUACUGUCUGCCAAUUCAGCCACAGAGAGAGAUGAAUGGUUGGAAGCCAUCGCUAAUGCAAUAGACGACUACACCAGAAAGAAGAUUUCAUUCUUCUCCAGCAAAUGCCAAGAGUUGGAGGGAAUUUCUGAUGAUGGUCUUCCGCUGGGCUCUAAAGCUCCGAUCUGGAUCCCAGAUUUGCGGACAACCAUGUGUAUGAUCUGCACGUGUGAAUUCACGCUCACCUGGAGACGCCACCACUGCCGGGCUUGCGGAAAGGUGGUGUGUCAGGCGUGUUCCUCUAAUAAAUAUUACCUGGAAUACCUGAAGAAUCAGCUGGCACGAGUGUGUGAUCACUGCUAUAUUAAACUACAGCACAAGGGUGAGCAAUCCAACGUGACUGUUUCCCCUAGUGGGCGGAGUUCAACAUUUGCUUUUUCUAGAAAGCAUAAGAAGAUUCCUUCAGCCCUUAAAGAGGUUUCGGCCAACACGGAGAACUCUUCUAUGAGUGGAUACCUACAAAGAUCCAAAGGUCACAAAAAGCCCUGGAAGAGACUGUGGUUUGUGAUUAAGAACAAAGUCCUCUACACUUACGCCGCUAGUGAAGAUGUUGCAGCGUUAGAGAGCCAGCCGCUGCUGGGCUUUUUCCUCAGAGAGGAGAAGACGGGGCCAGCUCAAAAACUACAGUUUAAACUCUACCAUAAAAACACUCUCUACUACAUCUUCAGAGCAGAGGAUAUCUCCACUGCUCAGAGAUGGAUCGAGGCAUUUCAAGAGGCCAUGAUUCUUUGACUGGUCUGGAUUUAAUUUAAUAUUAAAUUAAAAAUGAAAAAGACUCAUCUGUGUCUUCCUCUGCCUGUACACUGUUGACACAGGCAGUGAGCCAAGAAGGCACAAAUUAAUCCCAGUGUGAAGCAAUGGAUGCUGGUAGAUGUAGUUUUCACAUGAAUCUGUUAUAAGCAACCUAAUGAAGGUAAAAUGGCAUUGAGUGUCCUUUUAUCAAACUGCCUCCGCUGUGUUUAAAAAAUGUCAGGUAUUAAUCCAUAGUUCCUAAUGUAAUUUUAGGAAACACUGCCUCUCUGUGCCAUGUCCUUUUGGUGCUUAAUGUUACCAUGAAACUAGCACAGAGAACUAACAGGUUCUCAAAGCUUGGAAACUGAUUGGUUUUCAUGAACUCUAAAUAUUGAUAUUUUUAAUGACUCCUGAUCCUGAAGUUUACCCAGGAAUCAUAUUUAAAACCUGUAUUUUGCCCACCUUAAGAACACUUUUUUUAACACUCCAAUAUGGUGUCAUUGGGACAUAAUACAUAGCUACAGUUAGUUUAAACAUAAUUACAGGCUUAAUUUGUUGCCUGAUGGUUUAAAUGAUAAAUUUGGUCGCAUACGUGAUUCAUAGUCAAGUCUGAAUGCGCAUGAGCAAGUAUGGCACAAGGAAUGUUUGAAGGCAGGUUACACGUUUGGCAUGGCCAUGUGAUGCUGUCCGUGCACUCUGACAUGGGAGAUUUUGGAUUCAACUGUGAAAGCAGGAAGAAAGAAGGCUUAAAAUAAUUAGACCUCAUUCAUGAAACAUGAAAAGAACAAAUUUCUGUGUUAAUCGUAUGUAAAACCGUUCUUACAUAAAGUGUCCUGUUUACUACUUAAAUAAUUUGCAAAACAGUUCUUGCUAAAUUGCCACAUUAGGGCCUUCUUCAUGAAAAAACAACCAAAUAGAAAUUGUGCAAAUCGUUCCUAAAAAAUUGUUAUGUACAUUGUCGCAUUUAAUCGCAUGCGUCAAUGUGCGUAAGACAAAAUGCAUGUUUUGUAAACUGUUGCAUGCAAUUCAUAAAUCAUUCGCACAAUAAUUCUUACUAAAUUGUCACAUUAAAGGCCUUAUUAUUUAAAUACGAGCAGAAGGAACUUGAGCAAAGCGUUCAUACAUCCAUUCUUUUGUAAAUUGUUGUGUUUAACUGAAUGUGACAUAUGAGAUAGUUGUUUUUCUUUUUCUUUUUUUUUUUUUUUACAAAGGAUUUGCACAAAUUCGUUCUGCUUGUGUUUCAUUAGUCCUUCAAUUUGUAAAUUAUUUGUGAAAACGUGCAUGCGUGAACUUGCAUUUAAUGUGUAAAUCGUUUGCAAAACAAUUAUUGUUAAAUUUUCACAUUCAGGGACUUGUUCAUGAAAAAUAAGCGGAACGGUUUUAUGUGUAAAUUGUACAUAAAUCCAUCUUCAUGUAAACUGUCGAAUGUUAUUGAAUACGUCAUUUUACAUUAGAUCGUUUUCAUGGGCAGUUUACACAAAUUCGUUCUGCUUGCGUUUUAUUAGGCCCUCAAUGCGUAAACCAUUUGCAAAAAUACAUGCUUGUGUAAAUUGUUGCAAUUGGGUAAUGGGUAAAGCAUUCCUAAAACCAUUCUUGUAUAAAAUGUGCACAAGCAUUGUUUUUUUUUUAACAAAUUAGUUAAUUUUGUUAAGGCCUCAUAAAACACGAGCAGAGCGUUCAAAAAAAAAAACAUUUUAUGAACGCUCUGCUAGAAAUAGUUUUACGAACGGUCUGCUCGUUGUUUCUAAGGCCUUAAAUGGAACUUGUUUGUAGAAAAUUAAAAAAAAGCAACCGCUGGUAUAAAAAUUCAGACUAAAUUGUCACAUUCAGGGCUUUACCGAGGCAAAAAAUUUGUGCAAAUCAACAUCACAUUGAUGUGAACAAUUUAAACACUGAAUGCAACGUGUGUAAGAAUUUUUUUGAGUGAAUCACGCAUUGAAUUUGACGUUUAACGUAUUAAUGGUUUCCACGAGUAAUUUAAACAUUGAAUUCAACAGCUUACGUAAGAAUGGUUUUACAAACUAUUUAUACACAAAUUCAUUCUACUUGUGUUUCGAGUUCGUCUUUUAUAAGAAAUAUUUUAUAAUCUUUUAAAUGAUCUUAAACUUUUUUUUUAUAAAACUCUUUUGUACAAAGUAGGCCUUUUGACUGAUGUUUUGAACCUUAUACUGGAUAGAACUGGAAGUGUACAUAUUCUGUAAAUGGAAAUAUAAUGCAGGUGUAUUUAAAAUAGUUCGAGAUUUUUUGUGGCCUCCAUGAAUUAUGGAUAGUAAAGACAGUGCCAGGCUGGCUCACUGACUCAGCACUGUUUUAACUUUUUCAAUAACACAUUAUAGCACAGCGGCUGUGAACACAGAAAGAAAAACUAGCGCUCUAAUCAGGGAAAGUUUCACUCAUUAAUUCUAAUGCACCUUGUUCAGGAUCACACCUCCUAACACUUUGACAACAGUAAUGAAAUGAUGAUUAUAUUCGUUAUAUUAGUUUUCACUAAGGUCCACUAAGCACAUCAAGCCACUGAUCUUUUUUCACUGUUAAAAGUGCAACACAUCAAAGACAUUUUUUUUGUUUUACAUUUAAUAUGAUUCCAUAUGAAUCACUUUUGUGUGUUGGAUGUUUGUUUACAUUUUGUUUGAGUAUUUUGAUUUUGGGAAGCAUUACAUACAGCGUUAUGUCAAAUAAGUUAUGCUUUUGUUUGUACCAUGAUUUAAGUGUUCCACUUUAAAGUUAAAUGCAUGUUUCUGGCACUGGUUGUUCACUGUUGUAUCCCAAAGUUGAAAUUGUGUAGAUCACAGAAUGUUUUACUUCCUAAAUUAAUCUGUUAAUAUCUGAGGAUUUAAAGGGAGUAGGCCAACAUAAAUGUAAAGUGCAAAUAAACUUUAAUAAAUAAUGUA